AUGGCCUUCUCAAUGCUUAACCCCCAAAUAACCAACCUGGCCAUCAUUCUUGUUAUGAUGCAGGUGUCAAAGAAGAUUCCCUUCGAUAACCCCGAUGUCCUCCUCGGCGUUCGCACCCUUUACAUUGCCACUAACAUCGCCAUUGCCGCUCUGUAUUACUACAUCUACACCAUUAUUCUUCAGAAGAAAGAUUUGAAAACCCUAAAAUACGUCGAACCCCCGGCCAUGGGCUCCCAAGACGAACCCCGUCCCGUUGUAACCACUGUUCAGGAAUACGACAAACAGCAACUCCGUGCUGCGCUCAAGUCGCAGCUAAUGGGCGUCGGCAUGAUGGCUGUCAUGCACCUUUACUUCAAAUACACCAACCCCCUCCUCAUGCAGUCUAUCAUCCCCAUCAAGAGCGCCCUGGAGAGCAACAUUGUCAAAGUCCACUUGUUCAACGUUCCCGCCAAGGGUGACUUGGAGAGACCAUGGAAGGCUGCCGGUGGACUGAUGAACAUGGGACAGCCAUCAGUCAAGACUGACAAGGCCAGCGUUGAGUCUGCCGAGAAGAACUGGAGGGGUGGCGCAAAGGAGGAAUAA